AGGGCGGGGCGACUGGGGGGGGGGCUUCCUUGGCAAGAUGGCGGCCGAAGGGCUGCGCCGGGCUGCGAGUGCAGCCAGCAUCUCUGUGAAGCCGGUAUUCAGCCGGGACAUGAACGAAGCCAGGCGGAGGGUGCGCGAGCUCUACCGCGCGUGGUAUCGGGAGGUGCCGAGCACUGUGCACUUAUUCCAGCUGGAUAUCACCGUCAAACAGGGACGAGAUAAAGUCCGAGAAAUGUUUGUGAAGAAUGCCCAUGUGACAGACCCUAGGGUGGUUGAUCUUCUGGUCAUUAAGGGAAAGAUGGAGCUGGAGGAAACCAUUAAAGUGUGGAAGCAGCGGACACAUGUUAUGCGGUUCUUCCAUGAAACAGAAACACCAAGGCCAAAGGAUUUCCUAUCCAAGUUCUACGCUGGCCAUGACCCAUGAAGUCACUCAAUGGAAAGGUGCAUGUGAUAUUUAUUUUAGAGUUCAAAUAAACUCAUUAUUUG